AACAAAAUUUAACAAAUAACGAGGUUAUCAUACAUAUUGAUUUCUCAGAGAACUAUCAAUGUAAAUAUGCAUCUGAGAUUCAGAGUGUACAUUUCGGUUCGUCAAAACGCCAAAUUUCUAUUCACACCGGUGUCGCCUAUUUCAAAUCCAAGCAUAUAUCUUUCGCAACCGUAUCGGACGAUUUGAAACACUCCCCUCCUGGAAUAUGGGCACAUCUCGAUCCUAUCCUCUUGCACAUCCGGCGGACCACUCCUGACAUCGAUAAAAUCCAUUUCGUCUCCGAUGGGCCUACCACACAAUACAGGUGUAAAUCAAAUUUCUACCUCUUUUCUACGAAAAUUUUCGAGUAUGGCUUUGUAAAUGGCGGAAGAUGGAAUUUUAUGGAGGCAGGACACGGCAAGGGCGCCCCUGAUGGUAUUGGAGCCGUAGUCAAGCGUGAGGCGGAUACACUCGUCAACACCCAUGAGACGGACAUAACGGGUGCUAGUGCUUUAAUGAGAGGUCUGGAGAAACUAGGAAGCCGUUUGAUGAUCUUCGAAGUGAAAAACGAUGACAUCACGCAACAGGAAGCUGCUAUUCCAACAAAGAUUACCGGCGUUCAAGAGACGAUGAAACUCCAUCAGGUUGUUGUCAAAGAAAGCGGGACAGUUCAGUCAAGAAUCCUGAGUUGUUUCUGUUCACCGGAUUGUUCAUGUUACCAACCGGUUACAACCAAUUUCAAUGUCCAGCCGUUUGCAAAUCCCGUACCGAUGGAUGACGACAGCAUUGUAGGUCCACAAAACGGGGCUGAUCUUCCUUGUCAGGUAAUUGUUGUUUGA